GUAGAAAACCUAGCAAUAUUCUUUAAGGAGAUCAACCAAACCUUAUCACUCAUGAGGUAUGAUAUUAUUGCACUUGUCCUACCUUUCAGUUUCACCUAUUGUAUGCAUAGUCAAUAUACUGUACACUCAUGCAGAGUUAAGUUCUUGUAUUUAGCAGAUUAUAUCCAUAUUUCUUUACUACAAUAACAAGAAUAAGGGGAGGGGGUGGGGCAUAUCGUCACUCAAUGAGGAAAUUUAUGAGAAGUAUUCAAGUGCAGUAUGCUGGUUUUGAAAUCGAUGUUGUACGGAGAAUAAGUGGGGCAUUCUGCCUUGUUUUCAUGUAUGAGAUGAUUUCAAAAAUCGAUCUUACCCGGGGAAAAUUGGAGAUUGCGUCACCAUAAGAGGUAUGUGAUGAACGUUAUUAAUUUUGGUCUGACGUUUGAUGCACUGUUUUUCUGAAAAUCAAUCUUUUGUAAAGACUAAUAUGUGAAAUGUUUAAGCCUCACACAUACUUAUCAAUUGGAUCAGCUUUAUAUAGACCGCGAGCAGUCCCACGGCAGAAAGGUGGACUGCCGACAACACAUCAAGAAACGAAAUACACCAUGCCCACACAACGCAAAAUUCCCAUUGGUCGAAAUCGAUGUGCCUGUCAAUCAAAUCUGAUACGUAGUAGUUAUGCUAUAAAUAAUUUCCCAACUGAAUGUUGAUUUUAUAAAUACACAUGACAUUACGGUUUCUAUUGGAUAGAUUUAAUUGGAUAUAAGUAAUGUUUAUGCAAAGGCGGAGCUAAGUUGACAAGAGCGAAAAGAAGGCGUAUUUCGUUUCUUGAUGUGUUGUCGGCAGUCCUUCCUUUCCCUUCGCACGUCUGGGAAGCUAAACUCGUAGAAAGGAGGGACCGCUCGCAGUCUAACUUUAUAAAUCGACAUGUUCGCCGUUCCUCAGCAGUGGCUUGCAAACAACUUUUUAACCAUUUCGCUAGUCAUUAUGCAAAAACCCAUAUACAUUUCCAACCGAGCUUAGACUCUUUUCGCCUUCACCGGUGCAUUAUCAGUCAGUAUCUGCAUACCAGCGAAAUCGUGAACAAGAAACAAACACUAUAACAGUGAGACAAUAACAGUGUUGUCAUGUGGCAGAGAAUUGAACAUGCAAAACAAAUUUUACUUGGUGUCAACGUCUACUAAUUGAUCGCACAUUAACUGAUAUAGUUGCGUCGUUUCCAAUAUUUACGAACAUUCCAGCAUGUUCGAGGAGUAAACAAGUUUACCAAUUAAUUGAAAAGCAUUUUAUUGGUGAUAGCAGGCUCACAAUUUCCCCAAUGUACUGAGCUGAUUAAAAUUGCAGCAGAAAAGUAGAACAAUCAUAGUCAUGACUCUUUUUCGAUUGUUCGCCGGUAGAGCUUCUAGGAAUGUAAGGUUCUUCGCGUAAUGACUAUGGCCUGCGUUUUUGAAAUGGUGGUAAGCUGUCUGGAAAGCAGUGGUGAAGACCAACGACCGUUUGGUUAUAAAACUGACCCAACUGAUAAGAAAUUGCGAGCUGAAAUAGAUAUCCAUGUCUUCAAUCGUUAAACGAGGUUCGACCAUGCAGAGGUGUUCGGAGGGAUAUAUAAGAAGAAUCGGACACAAAUCAGUAUGUAUCUCCUAUAAUGAACAGUCAGAAAGACCAUGAGUGGGAUGAAGAUCUGACUGUAGCAUAUUCCUCGGUCUCGCGUAACUAUAGGGGGUCUGGGGCUGCUUCCCGGAAAUUUUUUAAAAUUUGAACCCCGGAAAUGCCAUUUCCUGCGUUCUGAGCAUCGGAUUCUGUCCUGAAAUUUGGUCCCCCGCCACAACAACUGAAGAACGUACUUGAGGUGUGCGACCAUUUCGGAGUCAACGGUUUCGAAAUUUGGUUAUAAAUAUAUUACAGUCAGCACUUCCUUUCAUAAAUUUACUCGACGGGUGACGCUAUAAUGAUAAAUAUAAGUACAACAAUUGGUUCAUUCUCAGCUGCGAAGAUCCAUAAUGAUUACUUUCUUGCAAGAAUUAACCAAUUGAAAUUGAUGGCGGCAGAUUUAUUUUGUGAUAUCAUUUCAAUACCAAAAUACAGCAUCACUGAACAGGUUUGACAGUCAUCGAGUAAAUAGUUACGAUGUUUUAGGUAGUUCUGUCCAUAUCUUCGAAAGUAGAAAAUAACGUUUCGUUCGAAAAAUUUAUUGCUACCCGCGCUAGCCUCAGACCUACAAUCAUGGACAAAAGUGUUAAUAAAAUCGAUCGACAUUUUAGGAAAAUACAAUCAAAUAACUUCAUACAGGUCCCCCCUCUCUCACCCAAUGUUGCCAUAAUUUUCCUCUCAUUUUCAACGUAGUUCAACAACAUUGUGUUGGGGAAGGGGGGGAGGGAUGUUUUAGACAAAAUACAGGAAUCAAACUACAAUUUAAACUCUCACAGAGGCAAAUUAAAAUUUUAUUAACAAGUUAUGUCCACGAUUGAGAUUGUUUUAGGUCAAACGGUGUUUUAUAGAUUUAAAAUGGAUUGCUCUUUGGUUUAUUCCCUUAGGGUUACAUAAACAUAUGAUACGCGAUAUUGAUUGUCCCAAUCACUUUGCGCGAGUAGCGAUUGUAGUGUAAUGUAAAUAAUGCGCACGAAAACUUGUGCCUCUGACACGUACAGGGUGCACGGCAAUCGCACAUUUUUUGUGUUUUGAACCGUAUUUAAUAGUAACUUUAUAUUAGCGACGACUUUAAGAGUAAUUUACCGAUAAAACUGACAUAGAAGUCCAAAACCGCUGGGAAUUUGCAGUAUAGGGCAUAUUAAUAUUUUGUCGUAAUUCCGUGGCCUUUUUGUACUGCGUUGUACACUAAACUUGUAAGGGGAGUUUAUAGGCACUUAAAUAUGCAAAAUAAACAUUUUCAACGUAUAGUAGCAGAUUAUUAGCUUGAAUAGGAUAACGUAAAUGACUGUGUAGCAAAAUAUCAGCACGAACGCUUGAAUGCAAUUUGCAUAUGCCUCAAUAAUUAACAAUGCAACGCUUUACCAGACGGUUGACCAUGGAUAUAAAUGUUAGAAAUUAUUGGAGGCAACGUUAUUGGACGAUAAAUUUUGUAGUUUCUCUAUUUAUUAGACAUGAAUGAACUUUCUUUUAAUUGUUUAUAACGUAAUUAUGGUUACCAUUUGCUUAUUUGGGCUUUUAAGCACGGUUCACCAUAAUAUUGAUAAAAUAUUUGAUGUCUUUAAUAGCUUUUAAAACAAUACGUUAACCGUAGUUGAACAUCGUAUUUCUGCACAAUUCGCAGUUGUGAUAACUUAAUCUUCUCUGAUACAGUCCUACAUUUUCUGGAAAUGUCAAAAAUGCUACAAUGUCUACACAAGUAUGCCAGCAAACAUAACAUUUCUCAUUAUUGUCGGUGGUUAACCGUCACGGUUAACCAUGGUUAAUAAAAUUUUAAUUUGCCUCUCUGAGAGUUUAAAUUCUAGUUUGAUUCGAAUUCCUGUAUUUUGUCUAAAACAUCCCCCUCCUUCCCCCAACACAAUGUUGUUGAACUACGUUGAAAAUGAGAGGAAAAUUAUGGCAAAAUUGGGUGGGGGAGAGGGGGGACCUGUAUGAAGUUAUUUGAUCGUAUUUUCCUAAAAUGUCGAUCGAAUUUAUUAACAUAUUUGUCCAUGAUUGUCUCCAAUAAAUGGCAGUUUUCCCAGUUAAAAUGCAAUCAUCUGCCGAGGGCUUUACGGUUCACAAUGUAUAUUCGUUUCAACCGAGAUUUUUAAGCUUCAAAACGAGACAAAAAACAUUAUUUUUUGGACUACAUGUGCUUGUUCAACAAAAAAACGCUGAUCAACACUAUAUCUUAAUUUAACCAGAUAGAUUUGCAAGUGCUUUUGCUGCAACCAACAUGCAUGUGCAGUACAUAAACUUAGAGUUUGGAAAAGGCUUAGUGAAAACAUGCAUUAGACAAAUUAAUUGUGCAUCUUCUGCUCUUGCUAACUGUACAGUUCGUAUUAAAUAACUUUAUAUCUACCUCCGGUUUCACGUCACGCUGAACGGUUAACAAGUUAUGUCCACGAUUGUAGCUCUUCAACUCUUGUUUGACCACCCAUUCUUAAGCCGUAAAAUGUCAUUAUAGAAAUUUGUCUUGUAAUUUUUGCAUAACUACAUAUGUUUUCCUGCAUUGUUUCAGCCCUAAAAAUUUUCCAAAGGAACGACAGCAAGAGACCUUGGUUUUACUUAAUAAUCUGGUGUACCUUGUUAAGGAUGUAAAACAACAUCUUAAACUUAAUCAAGUCGAAGUCCUUUCUCGCUUGGUCGAGUGCUUAAUUAGUAUUAUUGUACUGCAAAAGAAAGGAAUUGAUCUUGAAGAUGAAUCUGGAAAUGAAAAUGAAUCCGAUGAGAACCUUUCCACACCCUUCCAAUUGGCAGAUAUUCCACACGAAAUGUCAUCUCUUUUCGAAAAGCAGUGUGAGUUUGUCGAAAACUUUGUGAAUACGAAGCUUUCUAGUUUCCUUGAAAAUAGUGACGUUACAGAUUGGAAGCAGGAACUGCAG